AUGAAGUUCUCCAUCGCUACCGUUGCUACCUUCGCCAGCAUGGUCAUGGCCAUGCCCCAGGCUGCCAGCGGCGCUGCCUUGGCUCCCAAGGACUCCCCUCCCGAUGGCUGCCAGACCUCCUACGCGGGCAACUUCGGCAUCACCAUCGUUAGCCUCGGCAAGCGCAGCCUCGAGACCCGCAGCAACUGUGGCCAGCAGGGUUCUCUGGACCUCGUCCUGAAGGACAGUGUUCUCACUGACUCCAAGGGUCGCAUUGGUUCCAUCGUCGCCAACUACCAGUUCCAGUUCGAUGGUCCUCCCCAGUCCGGUGUCAUCUACACCUCUGGUUUCUCCGUUUGCGGCAACGGCUCUCUCGCUCUCGGUGGCUCCACCACUUUCUACCAGUGCAAGUCUGGCGACUUCUCCAACCUGUACGACCGCUCCUGGGCCCCCCAGUGCUCUCCCAUCCACCUGAACGUCCUGCCUUGCGCCGCCGACGCCCCCACUCCCUCCGGCAACGUCGUUGGCACUACCAUGGUUGCUACCGCCUACGUCUCUGUCAUCGGUGACGGUCAGCCCCAGGUCAUCCCAACCACGGUUCCCGUUCCCAUCUGCCAGAUCGGCGACGGUCAGAUCCAGGGUCACACCACUCCUUGCGGCGAGCUCCCUCCCGUUACCAAGACUCCCCCUCCUCCCGCGCCGUCCGCCCCGGCCAGCGAGCCUGCCUACACCCCUCCCGGCACUCCCGUUCCUCCCCCGGUCACCACUCCCGUCGCUCCUCCCGUUGAGUCGACUCCUCAGCCUUCCGCGCCUCCCGUCAACACGAGCGUUCCGGUCGUCCCCCCUGCCAGCACUCCCGUGGCUUCGAACCCGGCCACCACUCCGGCCGCGCCCUCGAGCACCUCUCCGGCUGCCCCGCCCGCCGCGGCCGGUGACCACAUCGUCCCCGCCCCUCUGGUGGCUCUUGUCGCCGGUCUCCUCGCCGUCCUGUACAUGGUCUAA